UCGGAGCCUAUAUCUCCACACUCCUCCAUGUGUUCGCCAUACGUCCGUCUCUGCUGUGACGGUGUUCUCUGUUUAUAUUUCGGUUUUAUCCGGUAAAUUGCCCGGUAGUAUUAAACCGGUUCUACUAAACAUGUCCGGUGGCGGGAAUCUGGCCGGUGGCGGGAGUUCUUUGUUCUCAGGGUUCCGGGUUCUCGGUCUUUACUCCAACCAUGUGCCGCACGCGCCCCGGUACCACAAGAAACACCGGGAGUUCUACCUGGUGACGGCGGUGGGGAAACGUUUCCACACCUACAACGUGAACAGGCUGGGGAUCGUGGCUGUCAGUAACAGCCUAUCAGAUGACAUCAGCUGUGUGGCAGCAGACAGGAUGUUGGUGUUCGCCGCCGCUGGACGAGACAUCAGCGCCUUCGCCAGGAACAAAGAGGUAGUGAUGCGUUACCAUGGACACAAACAGGAAGUCCGUCUGCUGCUUCCUCUGGGGGAUCAGCUGAUCUCUGCAGACAGUGGCGGUGAUGUCAUCGUGUGGGACGUCCAGGAUGGAGAUGUCUACCUGCGGCUACAGUUUGACCCCACCUCCUUCGACGUGUCAGCCAUGAUGCACCCCAGCACCUAUCUGAACAAGGUGCUGCUGGGAAGUUCCCAGGGUGCACUGCAGCUGUGGAACAUCAAGACCAGUAAACUGUUGUUCACGUUCCCGGGGUGGUCAGCAGGGGUCACUGUUCUACAGCAGAGUCCUGCUGUAGACGUGGUUGGUGUCGGCAUGGCGACAGGUCGCAUCGUCAUUCACAACAUCCGAUUGGAUGAGAAACUGAUGAGCUUCACACAGGACUGGGGACCAAUCAGCUCGCUGGCUUUCAGAACAGAUGGUCCUCCCAUCAUGGCGUCUGGCAGCCCUCAGGGCCACAUUGCAUUCUGGGAUUUAGAGCGCCGUCAGCUGGUCACUCAACAGAGACACGCCCACAGCACAGCCAUUGCCGGGGCAACCUUCCUGCAUGGAGAGCCGCUAUUGGUCACCAAUGGAGCAGACAACGCCAUCAAGGUGUGGAUAUUUGACCAGGAGGGAGGCGGAGCCAGGCUGCUACGGAGUCGCCAGGGCCACAGUGCCCCUCCCACCACCAUCAGUCACUAUGGCAACGAUGGUAAAAACAUCCUCAGUGCAGGCCAGGAUGGGACGCUGCAGUCUUUCUCCACUGUCCAUGAACGUUUCAACAAAAACCUUGGCCACGGAUCCAUCAACAAAAAAAAGGAGCAGAAGAAGAAGAAGGGUCUGUCCUAUGAGGAGCUGCGUCUACCUGCAAUCACAGCCUUCUCCUCCGCUGCUGCACGUCAGUCGGACUGGGAUGGUAUCGUUGCCUGUCAUCGUGGUCGCCUAGCAACAACUACAUGGAACUUCCAGCGGUGCACCAUGGGAGUUCAUCACCUGCAGCCUCCAGACGCUCAGAGAAGCACCGUUGCUACGGCUGUCAGCAUCACUUCCUGUGGAAAUUUCGCUCUGAUUGGCUCGUCCUGUGGCCGUGUCGACGUCUACAACCUACAGUCAGGCCUUCAUCGUGGUUGCUAUGGAGACAAUAACAAAGCUCACAGCGGGGCCGUUCGAGGCGUCGCCACGGAUACCCUGAACCAGCUGACCUUAACGUCAGGCUCUGAUUGGUUGCUCAAGUUCUGGCGUUUCAAGAGCAGGAAACAGGAAGAGCAACUGAAGUUAAUCGCUGCGCCAGCUAGCAUGAUGCUACACAGAGACAGCGGGAUGCUAGCCUUAGCGCUGGAUGACUUCAGCCUGCUGGUGGUCGACAUAGAAACCAGACGGGUCGUCAGGAAGUUCUCAGGUCACCAUGGAAACAUCAACGACAUGACUUUCAGCCCUGAUGGCCGCUGGCUGGUUACCGUGGCGAUGGAUUGCACCAUACGUACCUGGGACCUCCCCUCUGGCAGUCUCGUCGACUGUUUCCUGGUUGCCAUGGCUCCAGUGGGCGUGUCCUUGUCACCGACCGGAGACUUCCUGGCGACGGCUCAUGUCGAUAGUCUGGGCGUGUACCUCUGGACCAAUAAGAGCCUCUGUGGGCCUGUGGGGCUCCGCCCACUGCCAGCUGACUACCAGCCCUCUGUGGAGACAUUGCCGGGCGUGAUGGCGGACCAGUCCGAACAGGAAGUGACAUCAGAGGAGGCCGAUGACACGUACCAGUCUGCAGAGCAGUUGGGGGCGGAGCUUGUGACGCUGUCACCGCUGCCAGAGUCUCGAUGGAAGAGUCUGCUUCACCUGGACGCCAUCAAGAAGAGAAACAAACCUCUAGCGCCCCCUGCUGCUCCGACCGCUGCUCCCUUCUUCCUGCCGACGCUUCCUGGUCUCACGCCUCGGUUCGCGUCGCCCACGGCAACCAAGGAGGAAGAACAGUCAAAGGUGCUGAGUUGGGGCGCGUUGGCUCAGAGGUCAGAGGUCAGCAUGGCUCUGGAGGAGUCUCUUCAGUCCGGAUGCUUCCAUCGCCCGCUGGCUCUCCUGAAGGAUUGUGGGCCGGCGGCGCUCUCUGUGGAGCUCACCUGUCUGUCACCUGAAGGGGGCGGAGCCAGCAAUCUCCUGUUGGCCUUUAUUAAGAUGAUUGACAGCAUGUUGGCCAGUGGGCGGGACUUUGACCUGGCUCACGCCUACCUGGCGCUGUUCCUGAAGCUCCACCUCCGGAUGCUGGCUCAGGACGCCGUUACCAUGGAAGCGUUACUCCGCCUCUCCUCUAGGCUGGAGGCCGGGUGGGCGGAGCUUCGGGCAUCCUUCAACCAAUCACUGUGUCUGCUGUCGUACGCCAAGAGCGCCCUGCUUUGACCCUGUAAACGUGUACAUGUAGAGUUUUUAAAUAAAGUUUUCAUUCUCUG